GCUUCGUGGGCGGUGUCCUGAUGCCACGGUUCCUGUGGUUGGGACACGCCUCCACCCUGAGGAGGCUGUGUUUCCCGCCGUCGGGUGGCCGAGCCUGUGGGAGGGAGCUAGGCGGCGGCCCAGGGGCUUCUUUCGCCUCUUCUGGACUCCGGCUUUGCACAUGAUUGUCUAAUAGGUUCCGUGUUGUGGAAGACGGAGCCUGUGUUACUGUCACAGCCAUAAGGUCCCGAGCAUUUAGUGUUUGAUCUGUUCAGAGAAGAUGAUGCCGACUUUUGGGAAGAUGUGUCAGUGCAGCCAGAGGGUGGAAUAUUUGCAGGCGUGAAGAGGUCUGAGGUAACAUCACAUGCCUUUUGACAUGUUGAGGUCGUGCAGGGGCUUUUACCCAGGCGUUUCAAGUUUGGACAGUGUGCUCCCUGGUUCCUGGCAUAGGGUUGUUAAUCAGGGCCGAGACUGAGGGCAGAAAAAGCAGAGCCCCUCCCAGUCACCCGGGAGCAGAAGCCUGAUUUUUGGAGGGCACUGUCCCCUGGAGCGGUGUCAGCUCCAAAAGGUAACUUCACCCUGCUUCUCUCAGGCUGUGGGGUGACAGUGACCUGGAAAUGAUUUGGCCUUUCCACAGGCCAUUCCUGAGGGGAUAUGGGAAUACUCUCCUGAGAAUGUUCCAUCCCCGGACAGAGGUUUAGUUCCAGCUGCAACCCUUCUCUGAGAGGGAAUCCAUGUGGCGACAGACAUGCUCCUGACAGCCUGGCCCCAGAAGUUGGUGACCUUUGAGGAUGUGGCUGUGUACUUCACGCAGACAGAAUGGGAUGGCCUGUCCCCCACACAGAGGGCCCUGUACAGGGAUGUGAUGCUGGAGAAUUAUGGGCACGUGGCCUCCCUGGGAUUUCCACUUCUCAAACCUACCGUGAUCUCACAACUGGAGGGAGGAGGUGAGCUGUGGGGCCCACCUCCAGUGCCCACUGGAAUGGGAAUUGGCCCUCAAGACCUCUGGACUGAUACUGAUAUCCAGACUGACAAUAACUUGAAAAAGAAAAUGUGUGAAGAAAAAGGCAGUACAUCAUUUAAACUUCAGAGGGACUUUUCCCAGAAAACAGACUUUCCAGAAGCUUAUAUUCCAGAGAAACAGCAGGAAGUCCACUCAGUAGGAAGUGUGAAGAAAGAAGAUAGUAGUUUCCUUGAUAGGACAGUGAAAGAUGAGACAGGCCCCUCGGAGGAAUGUUUCUUUAUUCAAAACCCAAAUUUGUAUCACUGUCAUACUGUCUCCACUGGAGAGCAGCCUCCUGAGUAUACAGGAUCAGGGAAAGCCUUCAGUGCUGACAGGAAGUUUACUCAGCAUGAAAUUGAUAUUGAGGAAAGACCUUUCAAAUGUGAAGAAUUAGUGGAAACCUUUAGGUGUGACUCUCAAUGUAACGAACAUCAAGACAGUGACACUGGAGAGAAGCCCUAUCAGUGUAAGCAAUGUGGCAAAGCCUUCAGUGUUAAUGCAAAAUUAAUUUGGCACCAAAGACUUCAUAGUGGGGAUAAGCCCUUCAAAUGUAUAGAGUGCGGGAAAAGCUUUAGUUAUAGUUCCCAUUAUAUUACGCACCAGACAAUCCACAGUGGGGAGAAGCCCUAUCAGUGUAAGGUGUGUGGAAAAGCCUUCAGCGUUAAUGGGAGUUUAAGUAGGCAUCAGAGAAUCCACACUGGAGAGAAGCCCUAUCAGUGUAAGGAGUGUGGAAAUGGCUUCAGCUGUAGCUCUGCAUAUAUUACACAUCAGAGAGUCCACACUGGAGAGAAACCUUAUGAGUGUAAUGACUGUGGGAAAGCUUUCAAUGUAAAUGCAAAAUUAAUUCAACAUCAGAGAAUCCAUACUGGAGAGAAGCCCUAUGAGUGUACUGAGUGUGGAAAAGGCUUCAGGUGCAGCUCCCAGCUUAGGCAGCACCAGAGCAUCCACACUGGAGAGAAGCCCUAUCAGUGUAAGGAGUGUGGGAAAGCCUUCCACAAUAAUGCGAAACUCAUUCAGCAUCAAAGAAUCCACACUGGGGAGAAACCCUAUGAGUGUACUGAAUGUGGAAAAGCAUUUAGUGUCAAAGGGAAAUUAAUCCAGCACCAGAGAAUCCACACUGGGGAGAAGCCUUAUGAGUGUAAUGAAUGUGGGAAAACCUUCCGGUGUAACUCCCAGCUUCGGCAGCAUCUGAGAAUCCACACUGGGGAGAAGCCCUACGAGUGUAAUGAGUGUGGAAAGGCCUUCAAUGUUAAUGCAAAACUAAUUCAGCAUCAGAGAAUUCACACUGGGGAGAAACCCUUUGAAUGUAAUGAGUGUGGGAAAUGCUUUACUUCUAAAAGAAACCUGCUUGAUCAUCACAGAAUCCAUACUGGAGAAAAGCCAUAUCAAUGUAAGGAAUGUGGGAAAGCUUUCAGUAUCAAUGCCAAACUGACUAGGCAUCAGAGAAUACACACUGGAGAGAAGCCUUUCAAAUGUAUGGAGUGUGGAAAAGCGUUUAGCUGUAGUUCUGACUAUAUUGUGCAUCAGAGAAUCCACACUGGAGAGAAGCCCUUUCAAUGUAAGGAGUGCGGAAAAGCCUUCCAUGUUAAUGCCCAUUUAAUCCGGCAUCAAAGAAGCCACACUGGAGAGAAACCCUUCAGAUGUGUGGAGUGUGGCAAAGGCUUCAGCUAUAGUUCUGACUGCAUUAUACAUCAGACUGUCCACACUUGGAAGAAACCCUAUGUGUGUAAUGUGUGUGGGAAAGCGUUUAGGUUUAGCUUCCAACUUAUUCAUCAUCAGAGUGUCCAUAGUGAGGGAAAAUCCUAAUAAUGAGAAAGAUACAGUGAACUCUCAAGGUUAAUGCUGAUAUGGAUCAAGUAUCAGAUCACCCUGGUGGAAAACCCUGAGAGGGAAAUGAAUUGACAGAGCCUUCACUUGGAAAUAUCUUCUCUGUUUGUUCAAUAUAUAAUCAGGGAUGGAUGACCAGUUAAAAAGUAACAUCCAAAAAUAACUUUGCUUUAUACCAACAACCAAUAGAAAAUCUAUGAAAGAAAAUGUCCCAUUCUCAGCAGAAUCAAGAAAAUAGGUUUUCUAGGAAUAAACUUAAUAAAUACGCAGGACCCAUAUGGAGAAAAUGAUGAAUCUCCACUGAUGAUCACCAGAGGAAAAACCCGAAUAAAUGGAGAGCGAGAAGGAGACAAACCUUGUUCUCAGAUUGGAAACCCCAUAAUAUAAAGACAUUAACUAUCUAAAUUAAUUUAUUUCUGGUUAACUUUUUACAAGCAUGCGUUACUUUUGUAGAGGAAAAACAAUAAAAAUUUCCUUUAAAAAGGAAAAAUGAUUUUAUUAUGCAAUAGGGAAAACUUUUUCUAAGCAUUAGAUGAAAGAAAUCAUAAGCGAAAAUAUUGAUAAAUCAACUACUUAAAAUUUAAUCUUAUAUUUUUUAAUAAUCCCAAAUAAGGCUAAAAGAUAAUGGGCAAAAAGUGGAAAUACCUUUGUAAAACGUGAUGUAAAAGUACAGGCAGUCCCUGGAUUACGAAUGUCCCACGUACAACCAGUACUUAUGAACCAACCCCUGUAAAGCCUGUUAAAAAUUUGAGGUACAUAAAUGGUUUGUAAUAACAAAUGGGUGCUACCUUGUGAUGCACAUCAAAACAUUGUUAUUACUGUAUUAUGUUAAAGAUGUUUUAGAGUACCUGGAAGUGUUUAAAUGCAUGGAAAGGUACACUAGAUACUAUAUACUAAGACAUUUGACUGACAUUAGAUAUGAAUCAUAUCUGUUUCGAUUUAUGUACAAAUUCGACUUAAAGAUAGAUUUACAAACGGAACUUUGGUCAAAAUAUUCAGUAAUGGUAGCCAGGUACCAUCUGGUUCUUCUGGUCUCAUGACAAAGGAGGCAGUUAUUCAUGGAGGCAAUUAGCCACACAUUCCAUAUCCUCCUAUUCCUGACUGCCCUUCUUUCUGUAGCUCUAGGUGAAUAGAGACCAAUGGUUGUGACUUUAAUGGACGCUUGCAGGUUUUGUGACCACAGGCACUAUGCAAUGAACUAGGAGGUAGAAGCACUGAACACGUUCUUAGGCCAGUUAACUGGGAUGUCCCUGUGGUGUUGUGGCUUAGUGAGAUGAGUCACUGGUGGCCUAUUUAUACAAGGUUGAGGGCCCUUUGGGAGAAGAUGUCACACUGAAGGGAGUCCAAGCCAGAGCAACAGAGACCAGUGUCGGGCUGCAGCAGUCACUGCCAGAAGGGCAGGUUUGUGAGUCCAUAUGCGCCACUCCCUGGGGAUAUGGGGGGAGGAUUUAGCAUGGUAGGAGGUCCUACAGCAGCAAGCAGGCUGGAGCCCCGGAGGAUCGAGUCAUUAGUGUCACCGAGACCCCUCUGUCCCAUGCACAGGCUGAGGCAGCCUGGGGAAUGCUCCCAACACCCUGCCCCACCCAACCUACAUAGUUAGAAUUGCCCUUUGGUUCUAUGUUGCUUAAAAGGCAUCUCCACAUACAGAGAUUCUGCUUUUCCUGUGGGCGCAAGGCUUCUCCGGCUUAGCCCAGGGCCACUGAGGGCAUGGGUGCCUCCCCAGGAUAGCCCAUCACCUCUGGCCUGGCAGGUAUGGGAAACCCUUGGAUGCUUCUCUGAUGAGCAGAGAUUGCCCACCCUCUGCAAGCUCAAGACUGGCAACACGGGUGUAUUUGCAGAAAGCUCCCGACACCACAACAAACCACAGACCACAGCUUGUAUGUGCACACAUGCCACACACACAUGCAGCCCAUGGGGCAACCAAACCCAGGCCCAAGACAUGCAGGCCCAUUCACAGUCCCCACAUGUGACCCACAGAGUGGGUGCUUUCUGUCACACCCACAGCUCCCAAAUAUCCAUCUACAGUGUAUCAGACAGUCCUCUUUUUUUUUGCACACAGACGAAACUGGUCCUCCAUUUUAUCAUCUGUAAAAUGGAGUCAUAUUAGUACUAAUGAUACCCAACACCCCUACUAAUGAUAGUAAUACUAAUACUACUACUACCCAUUGCCAUUGCGUCAAUUCCAACCCCUAGUGACCCUAUAGGACAGAGUGGAACUGCCCCAUAGAGUUUCCAAGGAGUGCCUGGUGGAUUCAAACAGCCUAUCUUUUCGUUAGCAGCUGAGCUCUUAACCACAACACCACCAAGGUUUCCAGUGAUAGUAAUGAUAGGACUGAAUGACUUGCGGCAGGUAAAGAGCUCAGUCAGAGCCUGGUCCAGAGUUAGUGCUUGGUGAUCAGGGGCUGUUAUCUGAACGUGAGCACACAGUCAUUCACACACACAGACACACUGAUAUACACACAGCCCUACAAAUAUUGAUGCACACACACAAACACCAAUGGACACACAGUCCUGCACACACACACACACCGAUGCACACACAGUCCUGUACACACACACUGAUGCACAAACACACUGAUGCACACACAUGGACACAAGGUCAAACACAGGACUUCCCAAACCCCUGUUCCACAAACGCAAACAGGAUGCACAUACAGACCUUCCCAUAGACACACAGAGAACCACCUAAACAUAGACAUACACAGACACACAUAGUCACACACCCAGUACACUCCACAGGAUUUCCCCACCCCUUUUUAUACAGAC